AUGAAUAAUAGAAAAGCAUACGAUUCUUUGAAGGAGGGUUCGAAGAUGGAUGGUAAAGGAAGACCAACCUUUUUGGAGACGAAAAGAAGCACAUCAAUCUCAUCGAAAUUGAAGGGUCUUUUUGCUAAACCCUUUGCCAAUUCUGGUGUCCACCACCAUUCAUCCACCUCCAAUUCUGACAGCAACGGGACUGACUCUCUUGCUUCUUCUCAUUACACAACUCAAAGGCUGCUUCCAUCGACUUAUCCGACCAGACCCCAACCAUCAACCACUCAGCAACUGCAUCAAAAUUCAUUCAAGACAAUUAAAGUACCUGGAUCGUUUUCUCCAAAUCGACCAACUGCUACAACUCAGAAAGAAUUUUCUUCAACUGUGCACACCCCUAAUAUAAAUAGAAAUCAAAUGUUGCAAACAACGGAUGUUGAUGUUGGUUCUAACAAUAAAUUUAAUAUUAAUGCCAACGCUGAUGUUGAUGCUGAUGUUGAUGUUGAUGUUGAUGUCAACGAGACUGAAAAUGGGGACGUUACUCUCAACGCGAAUGAUGUGCUAUCCAAUUUUUUUAAGAAAAAGGGCAACUCACAACUUACUGAUGUGGAGUAUGAAGGUGUCAUGUCCUUAAUGUCCAAAUCCAGAGCCGGUACUCCAUACAAGAGAUCCAAUAUUGAGCUAAGCAUGAAUGAAGAGUCCGAGCAAGCUUCAAAACGAAGGCAUUUGACGAGAGGCGAUGAAUCAACCAUUGGCCUAAUUAAUGGUAUUAACGAUGAAACGUUUUCCAUUGUUGGAUCAACACCGCAUCGACAGCACUAUACGAGAGUUAAUCCAAACACAUCGACAAACAGUAUUGGUUAUAGAUCGACAUAUCGACCAGUAUAUGAUGAUACUUUUGAUCGUUCUUAUCAACUCUUGCACAACAAUACAAUCAGUCACCUACCUAGAGGCAGAGUUACCCUGAUGAGUCGGAGACCUGCACCAUAUAGAAGCAGAAUGAAAGGUUUUGCCAGUCGCCAGUCAUCAUUAAACAGAACCAGUGCAGAGACUAGUACUGCAACAGCGAACGAGAUGACUAAACCGGAUAAUUCAUCAUUUAGCGAAUCUUUGCUCAAGAAGAAACCUGCAUUAGUGACAGCAUCAUCUUCAUCAUCCUCAUCAUCAUCGUUUGACAAAGGGAGACCAAUGAGUCAAACUGCAAGAGCAUUGUUGACUAUUCUUGAUGGAUCUAAGGAAAAACUGACCGAGGCUGAGAGUAAAGAUGGUGCUAAAGACCAGAAAAAUGUCAAGCCUACUUUUUCAAAUCCGUAUGCAGUAAAUGGCCGAAAAAGUAGACAAACACGAUUACCAAACGCAAAGGAAACAGACGCAAAUAUUUUAGAGAAAAGUCAAGCUUAUGCAAGUUCAAGUGACGUUCCCAUCCCUAAACCUGAUAUCUUUGAUGAAAGUGCGAAAUUAAAAGCAAAAGAGGAAAAGGAAAAGGAAACGGAAACGGAAACGGAAACAAAAAUGAAGCUUAACGAACUAUCAAAUUCUAAUGCAGGUGCCAAAACAUUUUCAUUUGGGAUUGACCCAUCUCUGGUUAACAAAACAAGUAAGGGUGAUGAAAAGAGUGAAAAUACUGGAAACAAUAAGAUGACUGGUGAUAAAAAGAUGCCAGAAUCCAUCUUGUUUUCCACAAAUAAAGCAGGUAGUAUAAAUGAUAAUAGCAAACCGCUAUUUAGCUUUCAGCCUGCACCAAAAGAAAAAAGUGAUAUUAAGGGCGAGUUGCUGAAUACAGAAAAGAAAAGCAACGAAUCUAAUACUGGAGGAAAACCAUCUUUGUUUGGGAACCCUACCUCACAACAAGGAUUAUUUAAUUUUAAUCUGACUACAGCAUCCAGCAACAGCAACAGCAAUAACAAUAACAGUAAUAAUAUCAACAGUAAUAAUAGCAUCAAAGAUGGCGAUGACACCAAAGAGAAUAGAACAAAUAACAAUGGCUUCAACUUUAGCAGCAAGCCAGCUGGAGGCUUCUCGUUUGGCAAUGCAAGUGCACAAUCACCAGUUCCCAAUGGAACCUCAAAUUUGCCAACUCAAACAUCAUUUGUCUCUUCCUUUGGUUCUUCGAAUGGUAGUAAAACAACACCGGGAUUUGGCAACCUUAGUGUUCCUGAACAAAACACAGUGAACAGAAGAGCCGAACAUGUUGAUGAGUUUAUUUUCCCCCAACCCAAAGUCGUUGAAGUUCAAUUGAAUAGGGCUGAAGUUGAGAGGCUUAAACCAUUAUUUCCAUUUUAA